CUUGCAGUUGGACCGGGACCAGCGAGCAGCGGGAGCAACAAUGGCGUCGUCGGGCUUCUAGCUAACGGUCGCAACCGCAGCUCCCUCUCGCCGGGUUUGAAUCUCGCCGCCACAGCUCGGGAGGUGCACUGUCUCUUUAAGCUGCGUCGGCCGCUCCGUAUCGAUCGAUCCUCCAUUUUCCAACACGCAGCGGCGGCGGUGCGAGCAGAGCUCCGGCGGCCAGAGAGCGAGCAGAGCCACCCCUCUACCUGGAGAGGACGCCGGGGACCCGGGGGCAGCCAUGGCAGCGAACAUGUACCGGGUUGGAGAUUAUGUUUAUUUUGAGAACUCGUCCAGUAACCCACUGCUGAUCAGGAGGAUAGAGGAGCUGAACAAGACAGCCAAUGGGAACGUGGAGGCCAAAGUGGUGUGUUUUUACCGGCGCAGGGACAUCUCCGGCACACUCAUCGCCCUGGCAGACAAACAUGCAAGGGAGCUGGAGGAGGAGAUGGAGAAUCCAGAGAUGUCCGACCUCCCUGAGAAACAGAAACACCAACUCAGACACAGAGAGCUGUUCUUGUCCCGCCAGCUGGAGUCUCUACCUGCCACACACAUCAGGGGGAAGUGCUGUGUGACUCUGCUGAAUGAGACCGAAGCCCUGAAGUCCUACCUGGACAGAGAGGAUGCCUUCUUCUACUCGCUGGUGUACGACCCUCAGCAGAAGACUCUGCUGGCUGAUAAGGGCGAGAUCCGCGUUGGGAACAAGUACCAGGCCGACAUCACCGACCUCCUGAAAGACGAUGAGGGCGACGGCAGAGAGCUGGAGAAACUAGAGGAGAAGACCUGGGACCCAAACAGCUUACUGACAGAGAAACAGAUUGACCAGUUCUUAGUUGUUGCUCGGUCAGUCGGCACAUUUGCCAGAGCGUUGGACUGCAGCAGUUCUGUGCGGCAGCCGAGUCUUCACAUGAGCGCUGCUGCAGCCUCCAGAGACAUCACCUUGUUUCAUGCCAUGGACACACUCCACGCCACGACCUAUGACAUGACCCGAGCGAUCGCAGCACUGGUGCCUCAGGGUGGGCCCGUCCUCUGCAGGGAUGAAAUGGAGGAGUGGAGCGCGUCUGAGGCAAACCUGUUCGAGGAGGCACUCGAGAAAUACGGCAAAGAUUUCACCGACAUCCAGCAGGAUUUUUUGCCCUGGAAGUCCCUGACGAGUAUUAUUGAGUAUUACUACAUGUGGAAGACCACAGACAGAUAUGUACAGCAGAAACGAUUAAAAGCAGCCGAGGCAGAAAGCAAGUUGAAGCAGGUCUACAUCCCGAACUAUAACAAGCCAAACCCCAACCAGCUGAGCAACAACAUAAAACCACCUCUGGUGAACGGAGCGGCGGCUCCAGGGGUCCCAGGACUUCCAGGGGUCCAAGGGCUUCCAGGGGUUCCAGGACUUCCAGGGGUCCAGGGACCUCCAGGGGUCCCAGGACCUCCAGGGGUCCCAGGACUUCCAGGGGUCCCAGGCCUACCAGGCUCGGUCCAGACCCCCGCCCUGGGCAGAGCCUGUGAAAGCUGCUACAGCAGCAGCUCCUAUCAGUGGUACUCGUGGGGACCUCCCAACAUGCAGUGUCGCCUGUGUGCGUCGUGCUGGACAUACUGGAAGAAGUACGGAGGACUGAAGAUGCCCACGAGGCUGGAGGGCGAGAGGCCCGGACCCGCCCGCACCAUCAUGAACCCCCAUGGCCUCCCCAUGCGCCACGGCGGCAGCCCAAAGUUUGCCGUGAAGACGCGACAGGCGUUCUUCCUGCAGACCACCACCGUGACGCGGAUGACUCGCCGCCUCUGCCAGGAUAUCAUACGACCACGAUUCCUGGCCAGGCACCCGUACCUCCCCCUCAACACAGCAGUCAUCAAGGCCGAAUAUGCCCUGCGGGUGCCAGAAGGGCCUUCAGCACUGAAAAAGCCUGCAGCACUGAAACCUGUGGAACGUAAACCUCUGGAGUCUGUGGUUCGAUAUUUAGAAGCACAUCCCUGUCCGGUCAAGCCCAACCCUCCGAUCCGUGGGGCGUCCAUCUCUUCAGCCAGCCUGACGCCUAUAAAAUCCUCCCCCAUCCUCAACAACGGCUCCCCCACCAUCCUGGGCAAACGCUCCUAUGAGCAGCACAACGGACUGGAUGGCUCCAAAUCUAAAAUCCUGGCUCCUCAGUGGGACAUCAUGGCCAAGCGGAUGAGCGAGGUGGCGCGACCUUCGGUCUCGAUGCAGGACGAGAUCCACGAACUGGACUGAUCGCUAUGUGGAACAACCUCUACUGCAAACCUCAGUCAGGUAACAACAACAAACAAGA